CAAAACCCACAUCCUUUUUGUUUUGCUAUAUAUUGCAUAGUGAACAGAGCAGAACAGCAGCUAUUAACCAUGGGAGCUUUCUUUACCUUGUCAGCCUCUGCUGCUGUCAUCCUCCUAGUAAUUCCUGGAGGUUUAUGUGUGGAUAUAAUUGGAGGAACUGCAGUAAAACCACACUCAAGACCAUUCAUGGCCCUAAUCAUAGGAAAGAAAGAUGAACUUAUUUGUGGAGGAGCUUUGAUCAAGCCAAACUGGGUGUUAACAGCUGCCCACUGUCCUGUGGAAAACGGCAGAGUCAAAGUUAUUCUUGGAGCUCAUUCAAUAAAAAGAAAAGAAAAAGAAAAACAGUUUUUUAAGGUUGCAAAAAAAAUUCAACAUCCAUGCUACUGGCCAGGAAGUUGGGAACAUGACCUUAUGCUGCUGCAGCUCAACAGAAGAGCAAAAAUUAACAUCGCUGUGAAACCCAUUGACCUGCCUACCUCAGAUGGUGAUCCCAAGCCAGGAACAGUUUGUAGAGUAGCAGGAUGGGGACAAACUCAAAAUAAAAAUUCUUCUGAAACCCUGAUGGAAGUCAACGUCACUGUCAUCAGCAGAGAAACCUGCAAUAGCGCAAAAUAUUAUGGGAACAACCCUACUAUAACAGACAGGAUGAUAUGUGCAGGGUCUGAGAAAGGCAACAGGGACGCGUGUGGGGGGGAUUCAGGUGGACCUUUAAUAUGCAAAAAUGUGAUGAGAGGCAUCACCUCAUUUGGGAAAAAAAAUAAGUGUGGUGCUAUUGGUGCCCCAGGUGUCUACACCCGCCUCACAAAGCAAUACGUUCAGUGGAUAAAGAAAACCAUAGGGGGAGACUUAUAGACUGGCUUUUGACCAAGCAAAUUCCUACUUUGUACUUGCAUAACAAAAUCUAGUUUUGAAAUAUACUUUUAAAACAGCUUUGUCUUACGGGUAACAAUGAUAUUCCCAUGCAGCUAUUCCCAUGCUGAAUUUUAUAGCUCGAUGCCCUUGUAGAUGAAGUAGCAUACGCUUAUUUUCAGGACAGAUGUCAUUUUAAUAGGGCCACAACACAGAACACUUUGUGCAAACAGCAUUUGUAGCUAACGCUACCAUGGAGUCUGUCUGUGACUCAGGCUUCCAAUGUCCUUGUGUUGCAUGUUCAAACUGAGCCCUGCCUGGAUGAGUGUAUCUGACCAAGCAUCUCAUCCAGCCAUUUGUGUCCUCACUGCACGCCGACUAUAUACUGCUCUCUUCUCUAUCUUGAUUUCUGCCAAUAACCCUAAGAGCUAAUGAGAUGCUGGGAACAACUCCAGACACCUGAAAAACUUGUUAGUUAUUUGGCAGAAAAUCUCCUGAUUGUAUAGGUAUAGAGGACUGCUGAACUUCAGAAAAUUAAUUUUCAACCACUAUUUAGUUGGACUUCUAACUGUGGGAUUUAAGAACUAUUUCCUAACUUUCAUGUGUGUGAAGCUUCGAUACCUCAUCCCUUCAUGUAAUCUGCAUUUAAUAAAGAAACAGCAAUAAAAC